AUGGCCGCAGCACUACCUACAUUCCCGGAGUUUGACGUAACCCAUACCAGCACACAAGCUGCUAGAUGGAAGGAAUGGCUUUCGAGAUUCCGCAAUCUCGUCGUCGCGAUGAACGUCACAGACAAGAAAAGGAAGCGAGCAUUGUUGCUCCAUUACGCCGGCGAACCCACAAACGAAACUUUUGACACCUUACCUGAUACCACACCGGGCGAGAGUGAAGAAACGUUCGCGAAAGCCUUACAAGCUCUGACAAAUUACUUCACUCCCAGACAGAACCGUGAGUACGAGAUUUAUGUUUUCCGUCAGGCUAAGCAAGAGUCAAACGAGAGCAUUUCAGCCUUCCACAAGAGGCUAAGGCAACUAGCAGUAACCUGUGAGUUUGCAGACGUCGACCGCGAGAUCAAGACACGUAUUGUUCAAAGUUGUAGUUCCCACAAGCUUCGACAAAGGCGGUCGAGAACCCCUCGUAAUUUCUUACGCAACUGUUAG